CGCGGAAUGGAGGCCUCACAGAGCUCACAACGAGAGCAGCAGUCGUCUCAGUCUCAGCGGCAGCAGAAGUCUUCGGCAGCCGGGGUGGGUGUGGGCGGGGCUGCAGUCGCCGGGGGAACCCAGCUGCCGCUGGCCAGAGUCAAACUCAUCAUCAAGACGGACCCGGACACCUCUCUCGCCAGUCAGGAGGCCGUGCUCCUCGUCACGAAGUAGAGACUGAAAUUGACCUUGGUGUGCAGCAAUUCCGAAAUUCUCCGCGCCCACAGGCUACAGAGCUGUUCAUCAGCCACCUGGCUCGGCAGGCCUACGAGUACACUGUGCAGGGGAAGAGAAAGACUCUGCAGAGGAGGGACAUUGACGCCUGUCUCUCCAGCCACGACGAACUGACCUUCCUUGAAGGUGCUCUGGACCCACCACACACUGGCUAGACACACCUCACACGGCAUUCUUGCUUCUCAACAUUCACUUUGAUUUGUUCUCCUUCUCGUAUAUACUACAGUUUUUGUCAUAUUAUGUGGCUUUCAAAUGGCAGAUUAAUAU